GGCGCGGCUGUGCGGGCGGGGCGGGCGGCGCGGGCGGCGAGCGAUGCGGUGAUGGGCGCCUGACGCCCGGCCCGUCCCGCCGCCGAGGGACCAUGGCGCGGCCCCGCGGCGGGCGGUGGCUGCUGGGCGUCCUCCUCGCCCUCUGCCGUUUGGUCGCGCCGCUCGCCAAGAGCCUGGAGCCGGUGUCCUGGAGCUCCGGGAACCCCAAGUUCAUGACUGGGAAGGGGCUGGUCAUCUACCCGGAGAUUGGGGAUAAACUGGACAUUAUCUGCCCCAAAGCGGAGCCGUCCAAGCCUUACGAGUACUACAAGCUGUACCUGGUGAAGAAGGACCAGGCCGAUGCCUGCAGCACUGUCAUGGACCCCAACGUGCUGGUGACGUGCAACCGGCCCGAGCAGGAGAUCCGCUUCACCAUCAAAUUUCAGGAGUUCAGCCCCAACUACAUGGGCCUGGAGUUCAAGAGGCAGCAGGAUUACUUCAUCACAUCCACUUCCAAUGGGACACUGGAUGGCCUGGAGAAUCGGGAAGGAGGGGUGUGCCAGACACGCUCCAUGAAGAUUGUCAUGAAAGUGGGGCAGGAUCCAAAUGCUGUGAUUCCAGAGCAGCUGACGACAAGUCGGCCGAGCAAGGAGUCUGACAACACGGUGAAAAUCGUCACGCAGAGCCCACGCAGCAAGGUCCCACCAGUGGAGGAGCCUGGCAAGCCGGGCCCCGUCAACCAGGACGGCCAGGAGACCCAAGGUCCCAGCGAUGGCUUCUUGAGCUCCAAGGUGGCCGUCUUCGCAGCCAUCGGCGCCGGCUGCGUCAUCUUCAUCCUCAUCAUCAUCUUCCUCGUCGUCCUCCUGAUCAAGAUCCGCAAGCGGCACCGGAAGCACACGCAGCAACGAGCUGCAGCCUUGUCCCUCAGCACCUUGGCCAGCCCGAAAUGCAGUGGGAACGCGGGCUCCGAGCCCAGCGACAUCAUCAUCCCCUUACGGACUACAGAGAACAACUACUGCCCGCACUACGAGAAGGUGAGCGGGGACUACGGGCACCCCGUCUACAUUGUCCAGGAGAUGCCUCCCCAGAGCCCGGCCAACAUUUACUACAAGGUGUGAGGAGCAGCCUGGGCAAGCCGCUGAUGCAGGAGCACGGGAGCGCCGAGCACGGGGGGCAGCUGCCCUGGGUCUCCCCCGGCUGGUCUGGCGCCAGGAGGGAGGAAGCAAAACGAACCCCACGGCACGGGGGGCACCGGGUCCGGCGCCGCAGAGCGGAUGGCUCACUCGCCCGCCCGACGACUCUCCCCUUUGUAUUUAGUUUUGUAGUUCUCAAGCUUUUGUAAUCCCAAGACUCGAGGGUGAGCCUUCAGCCUCCUCCUCUUCUUCUCCAGACUGCGGCUGGCCGGGGCCGGGGGUGGGCGCCGUUUGGACACCGCCGGCAAGGCCCCAGACUCCACGUCCGUUUUUCGUUUUGGGAUUUCCCUCUGUCCCCUCCACAUCCUGCGUGAAGUGCCCGUGGCCACCGCGGCCACCGCUGGGUCCCCAAGCCUGGACCGACGCCGGGGCUGCGGACGGGAGCUCCAGCCCAAGGAGGGGAAGCAGCCGCGGGGGGAGGAGGAGGAUGCUUCGCCAAGGUGCCAAGAUGCAGACAACUGUGCAGGGAGGAAGCUGGCAAACCCGAUUUACUACUACUACUAUUAUUAUUAUUAUUAUUAUAAUUAUUUUAAAUUUUUUUUUUUGGUAACAUUUUUAUUUUUGUGAAUUCCGGGCGGGACUCCCGCCCGCCGCCCUCGGGCACCUGCCGUCGCCUCCUUCCAGCACUCCGUCCCGGCCGUGGGGCUGACCCCCCUGCUCCCACCACUGCCCUUUUAAACUUUUGUGUUCGUAGCUGUUGACUCUUGGUUUAGUCUCUUUAUAAAAAGAAAGAAAGGAAGAAAAAAAAAAAAAUAAUAAUACCUAUACCAUGUCUCAAGCAUUCAGUGUGCGAGGGUCCGGGCGCUCCCGGUGCGGAGCAGCAGCCUCAGCCCGGCAGCUCUCCCUGACUCCCCAGGAGUGCCCCACUGGAGAGAAAAGCCUUUGCUGAGGGUUUCCAUCAGGCUGGGGCUGAGCCUGCUGGAAGCAAAGUGGGAGGCAGCGAUUGGGCAGGGGGGGCAGCUGCAGCCCCGGUACUGUCCCCCAGCCAGUGAUGCUGCGCGUGGCUGUCCUUGGAAAGGAGAACUGGAAGAACAAGAUAGCUGAGCCCUAGGCUGUGCAGGGGGAGCUGGGGGUGGCAGGAGGUGGGCAGCACUCUGGGCUGGCAGCCCUUGGGCCGGCUUCAGCACCAGGCUGGGCUUGGCUGGGAGCUGAGCUGAAGAUUUCUCCACCCACCUGGUUUACCAGGACAGCAUGGUGUCCCUCUGUGGGACCUGCCUUUGGGGACCAGCCCAAGGGAGCAUCACCCAGCCCUGCCACCUCCUGGGGGUCCCAGGCUCGCUCUGCCUUUGCCUUGCCCCUCUCCUGCCCAAAACUGGGAGGGGCUGAGCCUUGGGCUCUUCUGGUGGGUUUGCUCCCAGCUUCUUCUCCCCAGGAGGACCUGCCAGUGCUGUGGCUGAUGCUGGUAGCAGGGUGGGGCUGGCAGAGCCCUGCUGCCUGCCUGUCCUUGGGCUGUCCCAGUCUGGGGACCGGCAGCCAUCCCUUCCUUCCUCGCUUUCUUUUUCCUUCCAGAAGUAGCUGCUUUUGCUCAGGGAGCAGGCAUGGGGCAGGGGGUCCUGCUCCACCAGGGCUGCUCGCCACAGUGGUUUUGUGGUGGCACAGGGGCUGCCUGGCCUGGUUUGUCCUUGCCUGUCCCCAGCGCCCUGAAACCCACCUUAGGAAGUGCCCAAGGAGCGAGAGAGCUGCUCUGCAAAAGUGCCUUGAUGAGGAGCAGGCAGGAGGGGGAGAGCAGGAGACCAGGGAUCCAGGGGCUGGGGUGCUAUGCUGGGGGUUUUGGGGGUUUGUCCUGAGCGGGACAGGACCAUCCCUCAGUGUCACCCUCUUGGGUUUGUGGUUUUUUGGGUGUUUUUGUUGUUGUUGUUGUUGUUGUUUUUAAAGGCAGGAGUUGGGGCUGGAGCAGAGCAGGCUGCCCCAGCUCUCCUCUGGCUGUGGGGAUGGAUUUAAACCAGCUUCUGCACUUAGGGGAGAAGAGCCACUGUAGCUGCUCCCCCUGCCCAGCCCUUCUCUUCACACCCCCAGUCCCCACCACCAUAACCCCUCCCAUACAGCACCUUUCAGCCUCUUCUCCUCUGCAACAUCUGUGCCAUCACUGCCCACCCAGGGCUGCUAUUGGGGGGCCAGGACCCCCCAUCCCUGCAGAGGAUGGGAUCUGCUCUCAGAAAUCACAGAAAAUUGUGUCUGAGAGUUCAAAUCCCCCUUUCCAUUGCCAGUGCCCUCUUCCUUCUGCAAAACCAUGACCCCAAGAGGGCAGAGCUGGAUGCUGGGCAGUGGUGACAGUGCUGGUAGAGGAUGCUUUAUGGAUGGGGAGCAGCAGCUGGUGUGAAGAAGGAGAAGGCAGGCAGGGGGUGAUGUAGUUUGGGUUCACUUUGGGAGGGGAAAGGAAGGAAUCUGGCCAUGAGUCCUCCCUGAAGCAAACUGAGGGCACAGGGUGGCUUCCCAUGGUGGCUGUCCCUGUCCCCAGCCAGCUCCUGUCAGCCCCACUCCUGUUGCUGGGGGUGGCUGAGAAACCUUGUAAAUAAGUGAAGAAAGGGUGAAAUCAGAACUCUUGGUUUUUGCUGAGCACCUCGGUCUGCUGGCUCCUGAAAUGGAGUGUGUCCCUGCAGUUCUUUUCAUGGAAAGUGUUGAAGUUUGGUUGGUUUUUUUCUUUUUUUUUUUUUUUUUUUAAAUCUUUUUUUUUUUUUCCAUUUUGUUUCUGUAAAUACUAGUCUUUUUUGGAAGAAAUAAUGUAAAGAUGUUUUGUAUAAACUCUGAAUUAUUUUCUGGUUGCUUUUUCUUAGAAAAACAAACGAGAACUUAAAAAAAAAAAAAAAAGGAAGAAAAAAAAAAAGAAAAAAAGAAAUUUUAAACCACAAGAACGGGUGUAAAACAUUGUCAUACUGCUCUCAGCCCUGGAGCUGCCCCGGGGGCUGUGCUGGUGUGCAGGGUGGCUGGGGGGACUGGGAUGGGUGGGGGGCUGUGCCCUCAAUACAAAGCAGGAUCUGCCAGGCCCCAAGCAGAGAGCAGACCUGGCUCAUCCCUAGGGAAUUUCUGGCCAUCCCGGGUCCAGGCAGAGCUUCCAGCCCCAGCACAGGCAAGAGGCUCAGUCACACAAGUUGAACUAAAGGAGCAUCCGAUUUUAAUCUCCUUUUUUUAUCUUGAACCAAAAAAGAUUGUCCUGGGGUGUCGGAACUCAACGUGACAUCCCGAGGUCCUGAUCCGCUUUUCCGGACCUGUGAAGCUGCUCUUGUUGCAGAUCCUGUUUCCCAGCUGUUCUUGUUUUCCACUUGCCAGUGUAGCCUGUUCUCUGCUCGGUGCCUGGGCUGGGGGUGGCUGGUUCCUCUUGGGCAGCACCCAGGGUUUGUGGAGGGCAGUGCCAAGGGUGCCUGCCCUCGGGGAGGUGGCCAUACCCACCCAAGCCAUCUCUGCUGUCACCAUCUCCGGUGUCACUGGCGUGCCUGGCACUUCCCUGUGGGCAGCCGGAAGGCAGCUGGGAGCCCUGUUGUCCCAGUUGCUCACAGGAGUGGGGCAGUUGUUUAUGGAUCUGCAAUUAUAGCAGGAUGGGGGGGGGGAGGAGGAGGCUGCCACAGUCCUGGCUGCCCCGGGGGGGUUUGGAGGUGCUGGAGCAGGGCUGGUUCCCUCCUCCCCUCCCUCCCUCCCUGCCCCCCGCACACCAGCCCACCCGCCCGCGCGCUCCCGCAUCUCAGAGCUGUGACCACGUCUACAUCCCACCGCAUCCACGGCCCCGCAGCCCCAGGAGGGUGAGUCCCACGAUCAACCAGCCGCGGGGCUCCCGCCCCUGCCCCCGCCCCUUGCUGCUGUGCUGGCAUCUCUGGAGCAUCCAGGCUGCCAGGUUUUCCUUCUCCAUCCUCUGCUGCCAUUAGCUGGGGAGUGGACUGGGACCUGGAGCCCCGAUGCAGCCUGUCCCGCUGCUGGCACAGGGCAGGUGGGAUGGGAGCUUUGGCCAAGGGCUGGGAAUUGCAGCAGGGAUGUGGCUCUGGGGGGGACACUGGUGCUGCAGCUGUGGCACAGAGGGGGCGAGGACCCUCUGUGCCAGCCCCUCCUUGGGGACAGCUGGUCCCUCACGGCACAUCCCGGAGCAGGGCUUGGCAAUCCCGCGCUGGUUGAUCGUCCCGGGCUCCUGGUGGUGCUGGUGCCAGGGUCUUGUUGGCCACGCUCCCUGGCACUGCAGACUUUUGUUUCUUCGUGUCAUGUUCCUCCUUUUUGAUUCCUUUCGCCUUCUCCCCAGCUCUCCUGCCCAGUAGCAUAUCAUCAGCAUCGGUAACCAGCUCUGUGGCAUCUGAACUCCAUGGAGCCGUGAUGGAACCUGAUAUAUUGUUAAAUAAAAGGGUUUUUUUUCCUAUGGAAA